CCCCCCCCCCCCUGCCUCUAGCCGACCUCAUCGCUUCUCUUCAUCGUCAACAUUCCCUUCAAUGCGAAUCCGCCACCUGCCACGGCUGACCUCAUCGCUCCUCUUCCCCUUUCAACCUUCCUCCCUUUUAAAUCUCUCCAUGCUCUCAAAUCCUUCUUAUCCCUCUCUUUUCCUCGCUAAAACCUUUCACUCGCCGGCCCCUUUUGUUCUUCAUCAAGGAGCAAGAUAUACGAAUCAUGGCGCAACUAUGGACGAUCCUUACGCAACUCUACGCGAUUGCAGGGCCCUGCGUUAUGCUAUUAUACCCUUUGUAUGCGUCGGUUGAGGCGAUAGAGAGUCCAUCGAAGGUGGAUGAUGAGCAGUGGCUGGCUUACUGGAUCAUCUACUCCUUCCUGACCUUGUUUGAGAUGGUUGCAGAGCCCUUGCUGGCAUGGAUACCCAUCUGGUACCCGAUAAAAUUCAUGUUUGUGACAUGGCUGGUACUUCCUCAGCUGAGGGGAUCAGCCUUCAUUUACAACAAGGUUGUGAGGGAGCAGCUGAGACGGUAUGGAUAUGGUCCAUAUGCAGCACAAAAGAAGGCAGAGAAGGAAGUUAGUAAUCUCUCCUCACCCAAUAAGGUUAGGAACAAAUUUCUUCGGCUUGCUCGCUCAAAGAAGAAAAUGCAGGUGGAGCAGGAGCGCUCAUAGGAAUGAACAUACCUUGGAAGUGAUGGGAGACUGCUCUGUGAAUUUAUUUUGUAUGACAUAGCAUAAAGUUAAAAGAAUAAGCCAUAUUAAGAAGAUGGACGCUCUAAUGUGACUCUUAUGUUGUAUGUUUUUUUUUUUUUGGGGUGAGUUCUUGCUUUUGUAAUUAUGUGAGUUUUUUUUUUUUUCUUUUGGGGUUUGGAUAAUGAUUAGUGGUGUGUGUUCUACUUCUAAAGUAUAAUGAACCCUUUUAUUUGUCUUUCCACA